GACAACCUCAUCCCUGUACUCCACACAUACAAUUGUCAGGUGAUUGUGCAGGCCAGGUCAUCUGAUGCAGCGCUCCAUCACUCUCCUUCUUGGUCAAAUAGCCCACACAGCCUACAGGUGUGUUUUGGGUCAUUGUCCUGUUGAAAAACAAGUUAUAGUCCCACUAAUCGCAAACCAGAUGGGAUGGUGUAUCGCUACAGAAUGAUCUGGUAGCCAUGCUGGUUAAGUGUGCAUUGAAAUUCUAAAUAAAUCCCAACAUUAUCAACAGAAAAGCACCCACACACCAUCACACCUCCUCCUCCAUGCUUCACGGUGGGAACCACACAUGCACAGAUCAUCUGUUCACCUAGUUAACUCUAAUGAGCGUAUCCUCUGCAGCAGAAGCAACUCUGGGUCUUCCUUUCCUGUGGCAGUCCUCAUGAGAGCCAGUUUCAUCAUAGUGCUUGAUAGUUUUUGCGACUGCGCUUGAAGAAACUGACUGACCUUCAUGUUUUGAAGUAAUGACGGAUUGUCGUUUCUCUUUGCUUAUUUGAGCUGUUCUUGCUAAAAUAUGGACUUAACAAAUAGUGCUGUAUACCACCCCUACCUUGUCACAACACAACUGAUUGGCUCAAACACAUUAAGAAGGAAAGAAAUUCCACAAAUGAACUUUUAACAAGGCACACCUUUUCAUUGAAAUGCAUUCCAGGUGACUACCUCGUGAAGCUGUUUGAGUGAAUGCCAAGAUUGUGCAAAGCUGUAAUCAAUGCAAAGGGUGGCUACUUUGAAGAAUCUCAAAUAUAUCAUAUAUUUUGAUUCGUGUAUUGGUUACUACAUGAUUCCAUAUGUGUUAUUUCAUAGUGUUGAUGUCUUCACUAUUAUUCUACAAUGGAUAAAAUACUAAAAAUUAAGAAAAACUCUGGAAUGAGUAGGUGUGUCCAAACUUUUGACUGGUGCUGUAUGUGAGAAGGAGUGAUGGCAUCACUCACUCACUCCUAACACUUCAGACUGGGAGGAACUCAAGUUUGAACCGUCACUGUUCACGAGGCUUUGCAUACAGAAGGAGUGAUGGCAUCACUCACUCACUCCUAACACUUCAGACUGGGAGGAACUCAAGUUUGAACCGUCACUGUUCACGAGGCUUUGCAUACGUGGUAGGACCACCAAUGGAGUUUGCCUGUGGGUUUGUUUAUGUCCCUCCAUCAACCUAUCAGAGGGAAGUCCACACGAAACCACAAAUUGCAGUUAAACGUUCAGCUCUCCUUCCUCCCCCAAACAGAAUCCGUCCCCGCAGUCCUCCCCCUCCUCCUCCAGCACAACUACAAAAACAACAACACCACUCUCCAGAACAGAGAAUCACUGAGAAAUGUUUUAAAAAUGCUCUGCUCCCCCCAUUCAUGCGAUCUCAAUUGCCUGCUUGCGUCCAGCCAAUCCCAGGCCCACCUUCCCUUCUCCCUUCCAAUAGCCAGAGGCUGACCUAUGACCUUCCAAAGAAGGAGCCAGACAUUGGGAGUCAUCCAUGGGAUCCAGACUACUCAUACAAUAUCCCAGAAGGCAGUGGGGAAGAGAUGAAGCAUCCAAACACCACCGGCAGCAGUGGAUCUGCACAGAAGUCAGCUCCAGCCUUGCCACCAAGACCUUACUUUAUGAAGUCCUGUCCAGAAUACCUAGUUCUGUUGCCAGAUUCUUUCUCCUCCUCAAAGUCCUCCUCUUCAUCCUCCAGAUCAAGGGAACCAUUGGUGGGGAAUCCAAAUGUGAUCCUAGUCAGUUUGGGGGAGCUGAUAUCAGAGGAAAACGCGUUCACCAUAGAGGGAGAGCCCACCUGCUGCUCCCAGUGUGGCUCUGUGCUGGACUCCUUCUAUGACAAUGUGGUGAAUGUCUGUUAUUUUUGCCAGUCAUCAUUGGAACCACCCACCUCCUCAUCUGCCACCUGUCUCGGUUGCCGGGACAGUGUCUUCCUGUUGACCCCUGGUGACAAGGCCCUGGCCCUUACAGACACCCUGCUACUGUUCUGUAUCGACAUCUCAGCGUCCAUGAGUAUCACCUCCCAGGUGUUGGAAGGAAAACAGCCAAUCUACGGGUCACGUCUUCAGUUUGUUCAGGAAGCAGUGUUACAGAGUGUUCGGAAGCUGAGUGAAACACAACCACACAUGCGAGUAGGACUCAUCACGUUCAACAAUCAGGUGACUCUGCAUGGAUAUGACGAGUUCACCUCGCGUUGUUUGCGGGGUGCGGAGUUGAUUGACAGUGAAUACCUUAAGGAAGCAGCGUUCAGCUUCCCCAGCCCACAACCCCUCUCCAGGACCAGGGACUGUCUACAGAGAGAGAUUCUAGGAUUGUCUGAGAGUGGUGCCACGGCUUUAGGUCCUGCUUCUCUUGUAGCCAUAGCGAUGGCUUCUCGGCAACCAGGGUCAAAGGUGAUCAUCUGCACAGAUGGAAAGGCCAACACAGACCUGGGGAAUCUGGAGGUGGAGGACAUUGAUGCCCGACCUUGCCUCUCCUCCACUAUCUUCUACCACGACCUGGGGAAGUACGCUGCUAGCCAGGGGGUGACGGUAUCAGUGUUGGCUAUCGAGGGGACAGACUGCAGACUUGAUGAGCUGGGGAGACUUGCAGACUGCACAAGCGGAAAGGUGGUGAUAGCAAGUCCACAUGAACUAUACACUGAAUUUGAGGAGAUUAUUGAGAACAGGACGAUAGCGACACACUGUAGUGUCACUUUGCUGCUCCCCACAACACUGUGUGUGAAAGGAGAGAGGGAGGCUGGGAACAGGGUGACCAGAGAGGUGGGAAAUGUGGCAUCAGACACAGAAAUCACCUUUCAAUUUGGAGCGAGGGAACACGGCUCACAGGGAGAGGUGUCAGCCCCAGUGGCAGGUGGCCGUGUGUCUGUUCAGCUGCAGCUGAGAUACAGACAGAAGGAUGGACACAGUAUGCUCAGAGUGCUGACGGCUGAUAAAGAGGUGACGGAUGACAGCUCAGUGGUCCUCUCCUCUCUGUUUCUAGCAAUAAUUCAGCUCAACUCAUCCCAGGCCAGCGCCGCUCUAGCUGUCAGGGGCCGCUUCCAAGACGCAAAGAGUGAGGGGGAGACACAGAGGGAACUGAUGGAGAGAGCCCUAGCGUAUGAUAGAAGUGCAGAAGACAAACUGAUUUAUUCAAAAUGGCUUAAAACCAUGGACCCUAUACACAACAGCCUACAAAACUACACAAGGAGACAAUCCAUACGUUCUGAUACACUGCAGUCUCUAACAGACAUGGGUGCUGCACUGCUGUACAGCAUGAAGAACAGCAACAGGUCUAGUUCACUGAAGGAAAAGCACCAACACUGAUUGGUGGCUACUGACUAUGCCUGAUAUCCUUGGAAGUUAUUCAAGUCCUACCGACUUCUGGGGAGGCCUAUUUAUACACAAAUCUGACUAAUUAAUGUAUCUAAAAAAAAAUUCUACAUCUGGAAAUAUAUGAUUUAAAAUAGCAUUAACUGUCGAUAUUGUACUUGUUCAUUCUAUUUGUAAAUAGAAUGUUCUUAUCUAUGCACACUGUCAGAACGUCAUGUCAGAACUGCGAUGGCACAUAGCAAGUGAAAUGGGUUUGUACCUGCAGUGCCUUCAGAAUGUAGUCAUACCCCUUGACUUAUUCCACAAUUUGCUGUGUUACAGGCUGCACUCAAAAUGUAUUCAUCUACACACAAUACCCCAUAAUGACAAACUGAAAACAUGUUCUUCGAAAAUGUUGCAGAUGUCUUGAAAUUGAAAUAAAUAAAUAUCUAAUUUCCCUAAGUAUUCACACCCCUGAGUCAAUACUUUGUGGAAGCCCCUUUGGCAGCAAUUACAGCUGUGAAUCUUUCUGGGUAAGUCUCUUAAGAGCUUUCCAUACCUGGAUUGCGCAACAUUUGCCCACUAUUCUUUUCAAAAUUCUUCAAGCUCUGUCAAAUUGGUUGUUGAUAAUUGCUAGACAACCAUUUUCAGGUCUUGUCAUAGAUUUUCAAGUAGAUUUAAGUCAACUGUCACUUGGCUACUCAGGAACAUUCACUUUCUUCUUGGUAAACAAUUCCAGUGUAGAUUUGGUGUUGUUUCAGGUUAUUGUCCGGCUGUCCUUGUUCCGUUCAUCUUUCCCUCAAGCCUGACCAGUCUUCCAGUUCCUGCCCCUGAAAAACAUCCCCACAGCAUGAUGCUGCCACCACCAUGCUUCACCGUAGGGAUGGUGGCAGGUUUCCUCCAGGCGUAACAAUUGGCACUUAGGCGAAAGUGUUCAAUCAUGGUUUCAUCAGACCAGAGAAUCUUGUUUCUCAUGGUCAGAGAGACAUUUAGGUGCCUUUUGGCAAACUCUAAGCGGGCUGUCAUCUGCCUUUUUCCAGAGGAGUGGUUUCCGUCUGGCCACUCUACCAUAAAGGUCUGAUAGGUGGAGUGCUGCAGAGAUGGUUGUCCUUCUGGAAAGUUAUCCCAUCUCCACAAAGGAACUCUGGAGCUCUGUCAGAGUGACUCUCGGGUUCUUGAUCACCUUCCUGACCAAGGCCCUUCUCCCACAAACUUCUUCCAUUUAAGAAUGAUGGAGGCCACUGUCUUCUUGGGGACCUUCAAUGCUAGAGAAAUGUUUUGGUACCCUUCCCCAGAUCUGUGCCUCGACACAAUCUUGUCUCGGGGCUCUACGGACAAUUCCUUUGACCUUAUGGCUUGUUUUUUGCUCUGACAUGCACUGUCAACUGUGAGACCUUGUAUAGACAGGUGUGUGCCUUUCCAAAUCAUGUUCAAUCAAUUGAAUUUACCACAGGUGGACUCCAAGUUGUAGAAACAUCUCAAGAUGAUUCAUGGAAACAGGAUGCACCUGAGUUCAAUGUUGAGUGGGUCUAAAUACUUAUGUAAAUAAGGUAUUUCUGUUUUACAUUUUUUUAAUUUUUCUAAAUAUUCAAAAAGCCUGUUUUCGCUUUGUCAUUAUGGGGUAUUGUGUGUAUAUUGAUGAGAAAAUGUUUUAUUUAAUAAAUUUCAGAAUAAAGUUGUAAGGUAACAAAAUGUAGAGAAAAUCAAGGGGUCUGAAUACAAAUGCACUAAAAGUGAAUUGCUUUGCCAAUUUCUUUUGCAGUAUUACGUUAGUGCCUUGUUGCGAACAGGACGCAUGUUUUUGAACAUUUGUACUCUGUACAGGCUUCCUUCCUCCUUCCUUAUUUUCCCUCUGUCAAUUAGGGUAGUAUUGUGAAGUAACUUCAAUGUUGUUGAUCCAUCCUCAGUUUUCUCCUAUCCCAGCCAUUCAACUCUGUAACUGUUUGUAAGUCACCUUUGGCCUCAUGGUGAAAACCCUGAGCGGUUUCCUUCUUCUCCGGCAACGGAGUUAGGAAGAAUGCCUGUAUCUUUGUAGUGACUGGGUGUAUUGACACCAUCCAAAGUGUAAUUAACUUUAUGCUCAAA